AUGUCUGCCCGAAGUUUAUCUGGAAUUUCGACAUCAAGCAAGUCCAUUCCCACUUCCAGAAGAGUAUUCAAGGCACUAAAAGAGUAUGCAAAGAAACUUGUCAACCUUGAAUUAUUCACGCAGGGCCUUGAGGACUGGGUUUUGGAAAAUUCACAAGUAAAUUUGUGCAAUGAGGGGCAGUUUUUCAGGUCUCCCUUCUCGAUUGAUGAAUUGUGCAAGCUUGAUUUAGCAUUGGAGGGGGUCCUAUUUCAGCAGCUCUUUCGUAUGCCGAGUUCAGCAUAUGCUUCUGAUGAUUCACAAGAAGACAAGUAUUUUGCAAUAGAAGAUUUCCUUCAUGCCAUUGUAAAUGGACUGUGGCGUACGUUUUGGCGCAAAAGUGGGCCAUUACCGUUCUUUUUAUCUUGUCCUCGUCACCCUGGAUCAAAAUUUUAUACCGUGGAGAAGGCGAUAUCAAGGGGAAGGCUCGAAGAGCUCUGUGGUUUAGCUUUGAUACAAGGAAAUGGGAGUGAUCUGCAAGUUCGUUGGGAUCAAGUUAUGGAGUUUGCCUUAUUUAGACCAGAUAUAUUGUCCGAAAAUGAGUUAAGAUUAUCUCCUGGCAGUAUAUGUGAAGCCCUCUUUUAUGGUGUUCAUAUACUUAUUACACGGAGUUUGAGCAAGUUUAGUACAGUUGGCAAUGACUCUGUAUUUAUUUUGGUUUUUGAUGCUAAAUUUGGUGGGGUAGUGAAGCUUGGGGGUGAUGUUGGCAAACUUGAAGUGAACUCAGCUGAUCCAUACCAAUCUGUGACUGAAUGGAUCAAGUGUAACGCUGAAGUUGCAGUUUCUCCAGCUGACCAGGUAUGGAACAAGCUAGGUAAUGCAAAUUGGAGAGAUCUAGGGACUCUGCAAGUACUUUUAGCAACAUUCCAUUCCAUAGUACAGUGGAUGGGGUCACCAAGAAAGUCAAUAGCCUCGUUGGCUUCGGAUCAUGGUCUCCGUCUUCAGAAGCGUAGGAUGCAGAGUCGCCUGAUUGAAAAUGAAAAUGAAAAUGCAUUGGUAUCCUUCCAACAAAUGGUACAUCAAGGAGAGAUUGAAGAACUUGACCAAAGUGACAAUCCUUCUUUGAAAAAGCAAGCAUCGCGUUUGAAGCUUAGGCAGGGUGAUGUAUUGAUGUUGGAUGACCAGCAGCAGGGACAUAAAAGUUUUCAAAUAUGGGAUUCUUUGGUUGGAGGGAACUACUUUAUGUAUAGUGCCAUUUCUCCUGAUUUUCCAGAGGAGCUAUUGACUUUAUAUGUGGGUGCUCACCCAUCCAGACUAGAGCCAUCCUGGGAAGAUAUGAGUUUGUGGUACCAAGUACAGAGGCAAACAAAAGUGUUAAAUAUCUUGAAGCAGCAAGGAAUAUCCUGUAAAUAUUUGCCAAGAAUACUUGCCUCUGGCCGAAUUUUGCAUUCUGGUCCUUGUAAGAAGCAGAGUCCUGGAGGGCGUUGUGAUCACCUACGGUGCGGAACUCCAAUACUUGUGACGUCUCCGGUUGGGGAGCCACUAUCUUUCACAGUUGCUCGAGAUGGCCCAUUUUCCUCAGAGGAGGCACUUCGCUGCUGCCGAGACUGCCUAGCUGCUCUAAGAAGCGCAUCAAUUGCCAAUGUCCAACAUGGUGAUCUUUGUCCUGAGAACAUCAUUCGUGUCAUUGACCCCCAAGGGUCUGGAAACAUGUUCCUGUAUGUUCCAAUUUCAUGGGGACGUGCAGUUCUAGAAGACAGGGAUAGCCCGGCAAUAAAUCUACAGUUUUCUUCAUCACAUGCACUUCAGCAUGGGAAACUUUGUCCAUCAUCUGACGCUGAGAGCCUAAUUUACCUCAUCUUUUUUGUUUGUGGGGGCCCUAUGCAGCAACAGGAUUCCAUCGAGUCUGCCUUGCAAUGGAGGGAGAGAAGCUGGGCAAAGCGUUCGAUUCAGCAACAGCUUGGUGAAGUUUCAGCUCUUUUAAAAGCAUUUGCUGAUUAUGUUGAUAGCCUAUGUGGAACCCCAUACCCAGUUGACUAUGAUAUUUGGUUCAAAAGACUAAAUGGGGCUGUGGAUGGCACAGCAGACAGAGGUAAAACGAUCGAAGAAGUAGCGACAAAACCAAGAUUGGAAGAUGUCGCCGAAUCUUCAGGAACUUCUGGAGGUGGCAUUUAA